AUGGCGUCUAGCGCUUUCGAAACGUACUGGAAGGUCCUGACUGACAACUUCACAGACUUCCAGCUGGCGACCAUUGGAAGUUUUCUGAUCCAUGAAAGCACGCUUCCCCUCCCGCACUGGAGUACCAUCGUUACCCAGAUCGUGAGCUAUUUCUUUAUCGAGGAUUUCGUGUUUUACUGGGGUCACCGUGCGCUGCACUCGAAAUGGCUGUACCAGAACGUCCACUGCGUCCACCAUGAAUACGCGACGCCGUUCGGGUUGACAUCGGAGUACGCGCAUCCCGCAGAAAUCCUCUUCCUAGGGUUCGCCACCAUUCUCGGCCCCGCCCUCACGGGUCCGCAUCUGCUCACCCUCUGGCUCUGGAUGAGCCUGCGAGUCCUCGAAACCGUUGAAGCACACAGCGGAUUCGAGUUCCCCUGGAGUCCGUCCCGCUUCAUUCCCCUCUACGGCGGGGCGGAGUACCACGACUAUCAUCACCGCUGCGUGUACACAGACUCCGGCAACUAUUCGUCCACGUUCAUCUACAUGGACUGGAUCUUUGGAACGGACAAGAACUACAGGAGAAUGAAGGCUUUGAAGGCAGGCAGUGCCAAGGACGAGGCUCCUACUACCAAUGGCACGAAGAAGGACUCUUAG